AUGAGCAUUGACCGAUCGACAUCGAGAACACCUUUAAGGAAAUCAGUUUAUCCAUUACGAAUGGAAAGGAUACCUCUGGGUUCUGAUUAUAAGGCUAGUCAGAUUUCCACUCAGGAUACAGAGAUUAAUAAAGAAGGUGACAUUAACGAAAGCGUUAAACAUAGAAUGUCAAGUUAUGAAAGUGAUGAAGACUUCCAAUUUAAGAGACAUAAAAAUAAACAUAUCAACGGUGUGCCGUCUUUGGGUGAAAGAUUAGACAAUUUUCAAGAUAUCAAAAAGGCUAAAUGGGUAGAAAAUUUCAAUUCUUCUGCUGUUAAUUUACCUGAACAGGUGAAAUCGAACGAUACUGAAGAAGUUGGAUAUGAUAAUAGAAAUGAUAUACAGAUGAAGACUUCACCUCCACCUCAUUUACAACAAAGUCAGUUACACUCACAACCACAACACCCUUCUUAUAUUCCAUACAUGUAUUAUUAUCCUGUGCCGACACCAGGUCAUCCAAUGAUGCAAUUUCCAAAUUCUCCAAUUGUACAAUCACAGAUGGAUCCAUCACAGUACGGGAAUAACUCAAUAUCUAUGAUGCCAAAUUCUUCAAUGCAACCUUUCUACGCAUCACAGCAACCUCAGAACCAUACUGGUGUUCCAGGACAAGGUGAAAUUCCACAAUUAUUACCACCUCCAUUGGUGUAUCCUUACAAUUUUAUGCAACCAAGUCAAAAUCCAUAUAUGCAAAAAAUAAAAGACAGGAGGAAAUCGAUGGCGGCCCAGAGAGGCCGUAGAGUUUCGAUGCUAUCUAUGUAUGAUGAGAAUAUUGGUAUUAUAUCUCCACAUAAAGACGUUCCAGAAGAAGAUUUUUUUAGACAUAUUGGUGAUGGAUCGUUUGGGAAAGGUUUACAGAUACGACAACUGUUUAGUUGGUGUGCAAUUAGAAGUCUUAGAAAAAUGGAAACUGAGCCAAACUUCAGGCAAGAGUCCCUUUCGGUCCCAUCUGAUAGCAGAGAUGAGGAUAGCUAUUUAAAUCCAAAGAAAAUUGCCUUGAAGAUAAUAAGUGAAUUUGUUAAUGAUUUAAGAAAGGAUAAAAUUGAUAUAGAUUGGGAGGCUGAAAUUUCAUUAGAUGAUGAUGAUGAUGAUGAUACAGGUAAUGCGAAUGCAGAUGAUACUGAGCUUCGACAAUUGUUUGAAGAAGAUGAAGACGAUACGGAUUAUAUUGCCAAACCUAAAAAGAAUAAGCCAAAACGGAAAACUAAGUCCCAAUUACCAAAGAUGAAGAUUCCAAAUAUUAAAAAUCUUGAAAAUGAAACCAAUUUGAAGUUACUAGAGGAGAAUAUUAAGAAACUAAAAUCAGAGAUAUCAGACUGGGCGAUAGUAUUGAACAACCAAAGCCCACAUUCCGAAUGGGAGGAUUUAUGUAAAGAGUACACAUUUGAACCGGAAGUUGAAUUCCAAGAUACGGAGGCUACCACUGACAAUUUAGAAAACGAGCUAAAUAUACAAAUGGAUAAAUUGAACCUACAUUCGCAUCUAUUAGGUUCAACUUCCACUGCAUUAUCAAAAUUGAAUAAUAAGAAGCGUAAUAUGCUAGCACAGGUUUUGAGUUCCAAGGUCAAGACAAGCAAACAACAAGUCAACUCAAAACUAUUAUUAAACGAAUUGAGCAAAUCACUAUUGAGCAAGGAAUAA